AUGAAGAGCGGCAGCGGGAAAUACGAUUCAAAUGUACCUUCACCAAAGUCUAAUGUACUACGUCGUAUAAAGGAUAUAUUCGGUGGAGGCACAGGUGUCUCGCCAGAUGCCCAAGAAGACCGCGAUGACACAUCGUCGACGACGACGACGACAACCUCGCACAGCAGUUACACCAACUAUAUAGGAAGUGGCAUUAGCACUGGCAUGGGCAGUGGCGGUGGCAGUGGAGGUGGAGGUGGCAGUGGAGUAUACAACAACAACACAGGACAAUCAAAUAGUACCAUGUUGACUUCAACAUCAUCACAACAGCAGCAUGGACAACAAGGACUCGACAACAACAACAAUAACAAUAACAACAAUAACAAUGCAUUCAGCGAACGAUUCAAGAAUGAAUUGACAAUGUCUAGGACACUCAAUGCACAGGCGAGACUCAGUUAUCUAAAGGAUGUGAGCGAGUUCCUCAAGAUGAUACGCAUAGAAGACUGCCACAACAUCGACAUCGUGUGGAGCUCAAUCUGCGACUUAUUCGACGAGAAUCGAUUCGCGCUCGAUCUGCAACAGAUGGCCUACAAUGUGAUGAUGACGCUGAUGGAGCAGUCGGGCACAGGCCCGGGCACGGGAAUCACCUCGUCGUGCAUUCGCCAGGACUUCUUCAACAUCAUUGAAUCGUCGACGACGCGCGUGCCCAUACACCUGCGCAUCCGAGCACUCACAGCACUCACGCGAAAUGGUCGUGACAUCUCACCGUUUGAGGACUACAUAGCAGACUUGCUCGUGCGCUGGCUGGGCCUGGUGCUGACGAUCGCCAACGAGACGGCACUCACAUCGUUUGUCACAGACAUCUUUGCUCUGGUCGAGCUGGUGAUACGACACUCGCAGCGCAGGCUGUCCGAGGGCAACCUGGCAUCUCUAAUUAACAACAUCUGCAUGCUAUCCAACUCGUCGACGCACAUCGUCAUCAUCGAGUGCAGUCUGUCCUUUUUCAACCUGGUGACGAGCCAGGUGGUGAUCCCGCCGCCCUGCGUGUCGAUGAUCAUCGCGUCGCUGAGCCGCACGGUCAACAUCGACGUGGCGUGCGACCCCAGCUGCACGACCAUGCAGAGUCUGCUGGCGAGCUACACGCACCAGGGCAUCAAGUCGCUGUGCGACAUCCUCAACGACCCACACAACCGCCACACCAUCAAUCUCCUGCGUGGCUCAGUCUUCUUCCUCGGCAUGUCCGUGUGGGGACCUCAGCGCAUCCCGACCAUUGGCAUCAGUCCGGCGUUCAUCCUGCCGUCACUAUUCAACUCGCUGGUGGGCGGCCAGGAGAUCAUCGCGUUCGAGGUGAUCCUGGCCAUCCGUCGACUGAUCAAGAAGUUUGGCCGCGAGCUACACGUCGAGUGGGAUCUGAUAUUCUUGAUCAUUGAGAGCAUCCAUAUACUUAUCACGGCGCACCCCGAGUCUGCCGACCCCAGCACCCUUUCGCACUCUGGCAGCAACAUCCUGUCCAACAACAACAUGUCUGGCGCGACAAGUAGUAGCGGAUCACUAUCAAUCAUCAGCGGCAAUGCCAGCAGUAGUAGCAGUGUUGCCAACGCGGCGAUGGCCGCCAACGACACCACAGCCACCAGCAACUUGAAGAUCAACUCAUUGGCGAUAGUACUGCGCGACACAAUAUGGCUGAUCGAGGACUUAGACGAUCAGAAACUAUUCCUGGGCAGCCACACAGACCUGUUCCGCGCAUCAUCACUCUUCUUCAAGCUCAAGAGCGAGGAACAACUUAUCAAGAUCAUCACGCACCAGAUGGCCAAGGUGCAUCCGUCACACGCACUCUGGAUCAUCAAGCUGACAACGCUGGUCGACCUGUUCCUCAAGAAAGACACGCGCACCAAGGUCCGGCGCAGGAUGCUGCACGAGCUCAAGCAACUCUAUCACACGUACCGCCUGAUCUACGGCGAGGAGAUCAUCGAGAACAUACUGAUACCAGCAAUGAGCGAUGUGUACAAGGACCGUGACGCCACCGUCCGUCUGUUCAGUCUGGACCUGCUGGUCGAGAUUACAACCAAGGCCAAGACACCGAGCAUCUUCCACACGCUGGUAACCAUACUUGAUCGCGCAAUACGCGAGUCGCAUCCAAUGCUAGACGUGGCGCAUGUCUCACUCCAAGGCCUGAUAUCGGUGUUCUCGGCGCGCUUUGUACAUCCAUCGGCCACGCUCACAAUGGAGGCGUGGUCCACAAUCUUGGCGCACAUGUCACAUGAGAGCCAUCAACUUCGCAGGGAGAUACUGCACUGUGUCUCCAAACUCUUGUCGACCAAGUGGUACCAGAUGCAAUACGACGGUGUCUCCAGUCCAUUCAUACAUUGUGCGCCCAACAAUCACUUCUUCAACGAUGUCUCGUCGGCCUCUGUCCAGCGAUCGCCUCGUGGUGGCCCAGUCAACGCACCCAAUCCACAUGUUCCCCAAGGUAGUAUUGGCGGUGGUGGCAUUGGCGGUGCGGGAGGAGUGGGAGCGGGAGUUAAUGCCGCGACCAAGAAGAAGAAGGGCAGCAAUGCACUGGAUGGAUUCUUCCCCGUUGCCAAUGUAUGGGCAGGAUUGAUGGACCGUCUAAACAAGGAGACUUCAUUCGAACUGUACAGCAUCACCCUUGAAAUCCUCUCCUCCUUCCUACGCAACAAGUACAUCCUAUUUGGCAUGGAGUCUCACAUCGAAGCCUUUGUAAAUAUCCUCAUCAGGCUGCUCAACGAGAAGUCCCUUGGACACUCAAUCACAGACUAUCAGAACUCCGAAGGCAGGAAGGACUGCCAAUACAUAUUGGGCUUUGAGCUGCUGUGCAAUGUGAUACCCUACAUGACAAUGCCAAUGCCAAACGUUGGCAUCACCAAUAUUCAACAGACUGUUCAUAAUGUGGUGGCUGCACUCUUUAAUGGACUGUGUCAGAAGUGGUCAUUCUCCAGUGAGACCAAGCUAAAGAUUCAAGCCAUCUGUCUAAACGGAUUGACAUUAUGCGCAACAGAGUUCCCACUCAAGAUCACACUUAAGUACAUUCAGAACAUCGCCAAGGCACUGCAUCAGAUCUCCACAUCUGGUGCCACACAAAAGGAGACAUUCUACUCCAUCCUCCAAUAUCUCAAUGUACUAGUGUCGACCCCUACGCUCGUCUCUCAACUGCCCCUGGAAAGCCUCACCUUCAUCUUUAAGCUCCUUAUCCAGUUCUUAGAUCGAUCAAGGUACAACCAUCUACUCGUGCUUAUGGCCUUCCAGAGUCUGAUAAGAUGGUUCACAGCAUGCAGCGACUCGUCUAGAGUGAUAUUGGUUCGCAAUAUUAUCAAAGGCAUUGAUGGACACAUGAAGGAGAAGCAGGCAUUGUUCAAUGAGAUCUGCGUCGAGUUGCUCAAUCGAUAUAUUCACACAGACUUUGAUCCAUUCCAUUAUCCAAUGCGACACUCUAGUCCCAUCUUCCACGAGGGCCUCAUCAAGACAUGGAUACAGGGUUGCUCGCUCAUUACUAUACGCACGGGCAAGCUGGGCUGGGCCGAGGUGACGCAUCGCAAGGCCACUGGCUGCGUCGUGUGGCUGAUGCGCUUCCAGAACAACUUCAACCCAUCGAUCACGUCCAACUACGACCUGUACAUGGGCAUCAACAAUCAGAUGAUGGACUCGCAGCUGGUGAACCUCCCCAAGCAGCCUUACUUCCGCAAGGAGUUCUCGCCAACCUCGCCGCUCUCACCGUCCUUGUCGCCAGUGAUGGUGCCUGGCGGUGCCAACGAGGUCCGCUCAUACUCACCAGCGAUCAAUCAGCUGGCCACAUCAAUGGAGGUCGAUAGGUUGGCGGCGGCCACCUCACCAAGCACCACGACCACCAACACCUCUGGGGCAAAUGCCAAUGCUUCCGGCUCCCAUUCGGCCUUGACUACUGCCACGACCACGCACAAGUCCUCUGAGGACUAUCCCAUCUUCAAGCCCAUCCAAUCCAAACUGGACGACUUGGCCAAGCGCUUUGAAAUCCCAUCGAUUGCUGAAGCAUUGGAGCUCUCACUGAGCUUGUCUCUGUUGCCCGAGGACUCAUCCAAGGACACCAUGACGCCCAUCCAUCUCAUCUCCUCACACACACUCCUCACGUCUCCCAACCAACAAGGCGCCUCAAUCUCCCCUUCGCCCGCCUCUUUUGCUGAAGUGCACAAAGAAGACGAAGUCGAAGAAGACGAACAAUCAUCCAUCACAAACACACAACAACAGCAACAGGUUCUUCAACACAAUGAUGAGUCGAUCGAUGUAAUGGAGGAUUUGGUGCUGGAAAGCAGUGGACACUUGGAUAUUCCUUUGUUGGGCGCACCAUCGAUGGACAAGCCCGACAGCCUGUUCUUGACAUCAAACAUUGAGAGCCCAUUCAAGUAUAGCUAUGGCUCGGGCGAGAACACCCCACCCAACCCGCUGUCCACGCUGUCCAAGUACUACCCGCCAUUGCCCUCAUUCGACGAUGACGAGGAGAUACUAUCAUUCACCACAAACUGGUCAUCCCCGCUCGAGAUGACGAACGAUGUUGUCGAGCCAAACGGCAAGCUCAACCUCAAUGCUCAGCUUCUGCUGCAUGUAGGCUCCAACUCGCCACCCUCCACUAGCACGGCAACGACCAUGGCACUCGACUCAAACUCCAAUCCAAUUGAGAUCACGCAGCAAUCCACGCCACUCAAGCUGGUCAAGGUGCCAUCGUCCAACUCCUCGACCAACAACUCGCCCACCAAACAGACAGAGAUCUUCUCGUUGUCAGUGGACGAGGAGACAUCGCCCUAUCUCACACCCAAGAAGAUGGCCAGACACAGCUACACCAACAGCCAUAGCAGCACAAGUAACGAAUACAAGAUUGCUUCAGAGCUGAGUAGUGCUGCCAAGAAGGAGCAACCCAAGUCCGGCACCACAUUGGGCUCACCCAAGCUUGUAAAGUCGACCUCAUUCACGCUUGAGAGCCAAGGUGCCUCUUCGUCCUCUGUCAGCGAUCCCCUCGUCUCACCAACGCCAACUCUCGAACCAACGCCAACUCAAUCCCCACUGGACACCACCUUCCAUUCUUCGCAUCAUCAUCAUCAGAAGCAACAACAUUCACAGCAAUCACAACAAUCAAACAAUGUAUCAACUAGUCAAUCAUCGUUCAAGCCAGUAUCCCCACUCCAAACUGGCUUGACAAUUAUCCCCAAAGAGGGUCCAAUCAAACCGACAAACAAUAACAACAACAACAACAGUAGCAGCAUCAUCAAGAGCUCGACGACGACCACAUCAUCUCAGUCAUCAUCAAGGAUGGCGGACAGUUCGAUCAAGUCUGCCAUGAGCUCGACAUCGACGACCUCUGGAAUGCAUGGCGACAUUUAUACCAACAACUUUGUCCCGCCAAUCAGCAUCCCACCAAACCUGAACCAUUUCUCACAGCACUCACUCAACCAAGCCAAGAUGCACUACAAGCGACUACCUCUCAUUCAUUCUGCGACCUCUCAGAACAUUGGUGGUGCACAUGGUUUGGGCAUUGGCAGUGGCGUUGGCGGUUCUAGUGGCUCGACGCCAAUACAGAUCCAGGCUCAGCAACUUGUACAACAACAACGUGAUCUGUAUCACCAGCAGUAUAGCAAACCACAUGCAUUCCAACAACAACAUCAGCCCCAGAUAGCAUCCUCAUCGUCGUUCGGUCAAAGCACACUCGCACAUUACAAGCCCAAGUACCCUGCGCCACACGCGGGCUUCUCCCCAACUCAGACACAGCCGCCCUCACAGUUGGAGCAACUCAAGUCCAACAUCUACUCAUCGACGUACUCGUCCACACCUCAGACAACAAGCUUCUCCCACAUUCCCAGCCUGUUUGACGACGAUGCCGGCCUGCCAAAGAAGCACUCCUCACUCAACUAUGACACCACAAGCGUCGACCCCACCAUUCUCGACCCAAGCGUCGUGUUCUAUCACCUGCAUCAGUUCUCUGGCGACAUCACAAUGGAGAUCAAGACAGGACACACGUUUGAGCGUGCGCUCAGCGUGCUCGAUCACACCUUUUGCUCAGAGACCUACAAGAUCGGCCUGAUCUACGUCGGUACCAAUCAAAAGACCGAAGAGGAGUUCCUCGCCAACACCAAGGGCUCGCCGCGAUACCAACAGUUCCUCAAUGGCCUAGGCGAGAAGGUGCGCAUAUCCGAGCGUAUUGACGUCUAUCCAGGCGGCCUGGAUCGCAACGGCAAGUCGGACGGCGACGUCACGAUACAUUGGCGCGACCGUAUCUCGCAGAUCGUAUUCCACGUCACCACGAUGAUGCCCAACCACGACAAUGACAAGAUGUUCACCAACAAGAAGCGACACAUUGGCAAUGAUUAUGUCAAUAUCAUCUUUUCAGACUCUGGCGACGACUUCAAUCCGCAGCUGAUCUCUGGCCAAUUCAACUUUGUCACCAUUGUCAUCCAUCCCAUGGACAUUGGAUGGUAUCGCGUUGAGAUCAAGAAGAAGAAGGAGAUCCCACUCUUUGGACCCAUUCACAAUGUCCAAAUUGUAUCCGAGCGAUCAAUCGCCUCACUCGUUAUCCAAACAGCCAUCAACGCCAACCUGAUGUCCAUGCUGUACGAUGGCAAGACAGAGUUCAUAUCGAACUUGGAGGAAAGACUGCGACAGAUAAAGACGAUCAAGGAGCGAUUCGCAAAGGAAGAUGAUGGUUGGAUUGACCUGGUGCCUUCAAAGCGUUGA